AUGGAGCCUUCUCUCCUCCAGCAAUCCGAGUCACCAUAUCAGGAAUUCAGAAACAAGCCCGUCAACAGAUAUAACGUAUAUGGACCUCCUUUCGACGUGCCCAUCACUCUAUCUGAUCGCGAUGGAACUCUUAUCCAUGAACAAGAGGGCCAGUGCCUUUUUACAACCAUAAUUGAGCACGACGACGUUAGGCUUUUGGAGAAAUACUUCGCCAUUGAUCCUCGAGCUAUCCCAUAUUAUUUUGAUCUUCCUGAUAACGAUGAGGCUGCAUUCGAAUACGCCAGUCCGUUCAUUUGGGCAGCCCAAUCUGGUAGUCUCGCCGUACUCCAAAUGCUUUUCGACUAUACCACAAAGAAUCUUGAUCCGAUGACGCCGAGACGGUUUUCUGAGACUGAGCUUUUGAAUCACGCUGCAAGAUUCGGUCGCGUAAAGGUUGUACAAUGGCUCCUCGACAACCAACCAUUAUACGCUGAUAUUCUUGAUCGAAAUUUUCAAGGCUAUACUGCGCUUAUAGCAGCUGCGAAUCUUUUUGAGUUCGGCCAUGGCGAUAACCCGAACUGGGAUGACAUUUGCUUCGACAACAGCGAGGUGACAAUGAAUCUACUGCUUGACUAUGGUGCCUGCGCCUCCGAUGUUGCUCAUCCGACGAAUGAUAAGGAUCGAAAGGAGCACUCUGUUCUCACGUUGGCUGCCCAGUGGGCAAGCAGUGACUUACUUGCAAGGCUUAUUGAUGGUGGUGCUGAUGUGCAUCACACGGUAGCAAUAGGGGACUGGGAGUUACCAUUUCUGAACCGACGCGACUUACCACCCCGUGUAGCUGUCGAAGUAGAUGUGAAUGCACUGUUUCUUGCAUCUUUGUACGCCAACCUCGGUGGCCUUAGGAUUUUGGUUGACCGCAGAGGCGACGAAUUUACCAUCGAAGACGUGGUCUGCUCCCCCGACUGUGCUGGCAGCCUCCCUCUUCACUGGGCGGCCCGAAGCCCUUUGGAACACAUCCCAACAUCGAUGCGAUAUGAAAAGGCUGGAUAUAUCCGUCAGACUAUUGAACAGCUACUGGAUUACGCUCCAACAACAGUCAACGUCCAGGACAAGGACGGGAAUACAGCCUUGCAUUACGCCACCACACAUUUUGGCAAGAAUGGUAGAGCCUUCACGCCCAUUUUUGAACUUCUGUGCAGCCGGGGCUCCGACGCAAGCCUCCGCAACUACAAGGACGAAACGCCUCUACAUACGCUGUUCCAGCCCGAGGGUGAUGAUGGACCCAUAGACAUAACAGCUGUAUCACUUUUAGUCUCUCACGGUGCGAAGGCUACAGACGUUGAUGAAGCCGGCAAUACGCCGUUGCACAUCGCAACCAGGGACUGGCAUUUCAUCGAUGCGGUCGCUCUUUUGCUGGAGUAUGGUGCUGACCCUGCUCAAAAGAAUCUUAAACAGGAAAAGGCUCUUCCUCAAAAGAUGGAAUAUCUGCUCGGCAGUCAAUAG